AUGGAACUUAAUUUAUUACACCUUCAGAGACAAUUAUCGCAACAAGAAUGCCUUGCUGAGUUACUGUCUGUUUUCGGCAACGAAGCGCCACAUCAUUCGACAAUUUCCCGUUGGUAUGGAGAAUUCAAACAUGGACGGGUGAGUCUUAGCGCCGAUCCCAGGGUGGGUGCACCAAAAACGGCAGUCACCCAGCAAAACUUCGAUGCUGUGCGCAAACUCAUCAUUGAAGAUAGACAUGUGGCAAAUCGCGAGAUUGAGGUGUCCUUGAAGAUCUCAAAGACCUCAAUUCAAAAAAUCUUACAUGAAGAAUUAGGAGUAAGAAAAUUAGUUUCUCGUUGGAUACCCCACCUGUUGACUGACGAGCAGAAAGCAGCCAGGGUUAAUUGGUGUCAAAAAACGCUUGACCGUUUCAAUUCCGGAAACUCAAAAAAUGUGUACAGCUUUUUUAUUGGUGAUGAAUCGUGGGUUUACUGUUAUGAACCAGAAAAUAAACGACAGUCGGCAGUUUGGGUGUUCCAAGGUGAAGAAAAGCCAACAAAAGUCAUCCGUUCUCGAACAGGUCAUAUUGCAACAAUUCCUCUUAAUAAGCAAAGAACUGUUACUGCGGAUUGGUAUACCACCAUUUCUUUGCCAAAAGUCACCACCGAGCUUCGAAAAAUCAACCCCGAAAGAAGAAUCAUCCUCCACCAACACAAUGCAAGCUCGCACACAGCCCAAAAAACAAGGCAGUAUUUAACGGAAGAAACCGUGGAAUUAUUGGACCAUCCUCCAUAUAGUCCCGAUCUAAGUCCUAACGAUUUCUUUACUUUCCCGAAAAUUAAAAACAGGCUGCGUGGUCAAAGGUUCCAGUCACCAAAAGAACCAGUUGACGCAUUCAAAAAUGCCGUUUUGGAUCUGCCAACAAACGAGUGGAAUAAGUGCUUAGAAAACUGGUUCGAGCGCAUGCAGAUGUGUAUUAAUCUUCGUGGAGAAUACUUCGAAAAACAAUAAAGUCAUUUAAAAC